AUGGGUAUCUCCAUCGCCAAAGCGGAGGUCUUGGCUUUGUUCUUGGAGGCCCUUGUAUAUGGCAUGUUCUUAAGCUUGUACAUCCUUUUGCUCGUCGUCAUUGCACAAGACAAACGAGAGAGACCACGGUCCGGCCACGAUCUCAUAGUCUGGGUCGCAUCCGCUAUGAUGGUGUUCUCGACCGCGCAUCUCGUCAUCGACGUCGUACGUGCCUUCGAGGGUCUGACCGGUGCGAAAGAUCCAGAAGCAUACUUUCAUAGUGUGACGAAUGGAUCUUUCCUCGCAAAGACUGUGUUGUGGAUGGGGCAAACCGUACUCGGCGAUUGCAUUUUGAUAUGGAGAUGCUACGUCGUCUUCAGUCGAAAAGUACUGUUUGUAUUACCAAUGAUACUAGGAUCAAUAUUGUAUCUCUGUUCUGCAAGCGCCAUUCUGUAUAACUUCACACACUCCGAUCCCGGUGCCACGAGCGUCUUCACGGGGCAGUAUCGCACCUGGAUCGUGCUCUACUUCAGUGCCACCAUGUACAUCAACGUUCUCGCAUCCGGUGCUAUGGCAUGGGAGAUCUUCCGCAAGACACGACCAAUGCGUCGGACGGGGGCAGUUAUGCCUGUCCUCGUCGCCAUCGUCGACACUGCCGCGUUGUACACAGCCGGCUAUCUCGGACUUCUCGUUUCCUUCCUCUCAGGCUCAGACGGCCAAUUCGCCGCCGUGGAUGUAAUAAUGCCGCUCAUAGGUCUCACAUUCGUUUUGAUCAUCCUGCAAACAAGGUUCAGGGAGUUACUCAGUACGAGCAUGCCGUGGUCAUCCGGCGGGCACCACGACAGCGUCACCAUGUCGUUCGGCGAGCGUCUACGCCAACGCUAUGCUCCCCCACUUCGCUCGCAGAAUCACGCACUCACGGCGAUCACAGUCGAGAUCACGCAGGAGACGGAAGUAGAGCGCGACCUAGAGGGAUCAUCCAUAGACGCGAAGAGCCGUGGGUUGAACGAUUCGCCAGGCGAUUCUUCCAAGAAAGAUGCAAUUGCUGUUUAA